AUGGCCGCUUCAGACAAAAAAUCUUUUGAACCAGAAAGUAAAGUUGUUCCAAUGUAUGUGGCAGAAACUGAUCCUGAAUCGAACGAUCAUUUAACCGAAUAUAGCUUUAUGCUAUCAUUUUUUGUUAGGCCUAGUGGGAAAUUCGAUCCAGUAGAAUAUGCAAGCUAUGUGCAGCCCGUGGCUGUUAUCAAAUCGGUUGAACAAUUCUGGAGAGUGUUUAUACAUUUUAAACGACCAACAGAUUUGGGAGAUAAAGCCGAUAUUCACUUCUUUAAAAAGGGAAUCAAGCCGGUUUGGGAAGAUCCGGCGAACGUGCGAGGUGGAAAAUGGAUAGUUCGCUUGAAGAAAGGAUUGUGCACCCGCAUGUGGGAAAAUUUAUUACUAGCCAUGAUUGGCGAACAAUUCAUGGUUGGCGACGAGAUUUGCGGUGCUGUGUGUUCGAUUCGAAAUCAAGAAGACAUCAUUUCUGUUUGGAACAGGACUUCGGAUGAUAUAACGGUGACAAAUCGUAUAAGAGAUGCUCUCCGUCGUGUUUUGCAGCUUCCCCAAAAUACUGUACUCGAGUACAAGAAACAUGAUGACUGCCUUAAAGAUCGCAGCAGCUAUCGCCAUACUACCAACAUUUAUAAAUGUUGA